AUGAUGAGGAGAAGGAGAAGUAUCGACACGGAGACCGGAAGCUGGCAGAAGAAUUCGUGGCCGUCGUCGAUCUCGGUCCCGAAACAGUCGAACAGCUUCGUUUACUCGUCGCCCAGCCAUUCUUUCGGUUACGAUUGGGACAAUUCCGUGGUGAAGUAUGGGCAUGACGAUUUGGGACAGAAGCUCGGGAAGGAGCAUGGUUCGUCUGGUGCGGGUAUGGCGAACGUGGUACCGUGGUUGCUGUCCAUGUGCCUUCUCGGCCUCCAGGGGAUCGCGGUCCAGCCUGGAAGAGUUGCGCUUUCACGCGAUCUUGAAACGAACGGACAGAGGAGCGUGACUUCGGGCUUUCGCUCGUCUUUAAGGAAUUACAAGACCCUGAUAUCCGGCCACGACGAGCUUCCCGGUCACAUAAACUGUAACUCGCCUAAGCUCGAGGAGAACGCAGUAGACAAAUUAGCUACGACACCAGAAUACAAUAAUCAUCUCUACGGCUCGACCCCAGACACGAGUGACUACUUUUCACAAUCCUUCGAAAGAAAGCUUCCCUCGAAAUCACCAGAGAGGAACUUUAACGUACUUCAAACAGAUCCUCAUUCUAUAAACCAAUUAGAAAUCCACGGAUUCAACUACGAUCCUGGUCGUGAUCACGUCGAAGAUGACUACGUUGGACCUGCUAUGGAAUUGGUUUACGCAUGGUCCGCCAUUGAUUACACAUACGACAGUAUAGAAGCCAGGGAUUCAGCUAUAUUCAACGGUGAUUUUGUAGCAGAGAAUAAUUUACCUCUUGGUCUAGAGAUUUGGAAAGAUAAGGUUUUCAUUACGCUGCCAAAAUGGAAAGACGGCGUUCCAGCGACUUUAGCCACUGUACCAAAGAACUCGAAGACGAAGAGCCCUAAACUUAGGCCUUAUCCUGAUUGGAGCUGGCAUCAACCAGGAAACUGCGACGGCCUUACUUCCGUAUUCAGAGUCCAAGUGGACGACUGCGAUCGUCUCUGGGUCCUCGACUCAGGCAAAGUCGACGUGGUAAAAGGCGGCAAAACCGCCUGUCCCCCGGCAAUCUUCAUCUUCGAUCUCAACACGAACACCCUAAUAAGAAAGUACACCAUCCCCGAGGAUCAAGUGAAAGAAGACAGUCUCUACUCCAACAUCGUCGUAGACGUCAGACACGAAGAUUGCAACUCGGCCGUAGCAUACGCCUCCGAUGUAUUUCGCUACGGACUACUAGUCUACGAUUUCUUCAAAGACACCUCCUUCAGAGUCCAACACCAUCUCUUCUAUCCGGACCCUUUAGCCUCUAAAUACGAGCUUCACGGUUUGAAAUUUCAGUGGACAGACGGAAUCUUCGGAAUUGCCCUAAGUCCCUUGGACGUUCACGACGACAGAACUCUCUUCUUUCAUCCGAUGUCCAGUUUCCGUGAAUUCGCCGUUUCCACGUCGAUUCUGAGAGACAAACGGACAGCUGAAGAGAAUACAGAUUACUUCAUGCCGAUUGGGAGACCUAGAGCCAAGGAUUACGGUCAUUCUUCGGGAUCCGUGGUCGAUAAGAACGGAGUUAUGUUCUUCAAUAUGGCUACCAGAGAUUCGGUCUGGUGUUGGGAUACCAGGAAAGAGUACAUACCGCAGAAUCUCGGAGUUGUAGGGACUAGUAAUUUGUCGUUGGUCUUUCCUAACGACAUCAAGGUGGACCACGAGAACGAUCAGAACGUCUGGGUGAUUUCUAAUAGGUUGGCUAUGUAUCUGUACGGUAGCACGGAUAGCAGCAAGAUUAACUACAGGGUGUUCAAGGCUAAUGCUAGGGAGGCUGUCAAAGAUACGGUCUGUGAUCCUAAUUACGUGGUGCCUGGGUUGGAGCAUGGUUACGACGAUACUUGUUGAGGAAGCAGGCGGUUGUUAAGUUUUAGGGGACGCGUGGUGGAAUUUUAGUCGAAAUGAAAAUUGAUAUUUGGAGAGCUCAGGGGAAAAUGAUUGUGGUUUGGAAUUAAGGUGGAAUUGGAAUUUUUGCGCUGCGUGUUGGAGAUUGGGGAAGGCAGCAAAUUUAGUAUAAG